AUGGCCUCUACGUCGUAUGCCAAUCCACCGGUCCUGAUUUGUUUGACUGUCCUUGGGGGCCUUCUUUCUGUAGCGAUCUAUCGCCUGUUCUUCCACCCUCUCGCCACUGUGCCUGGCCCCAAAUUAGCUGCACUGUCGCGACUGUACGAUUUCUACUAUGAUUGCAUCUUGGGUGGCAAAUUCAGUUUCAAGAUUGAGGAACUCCACGACAUAUAUGGGCCCAUCGUACGAAUUGGCCCAAAUGAGGUGCAUAUACGAGACCCCGACUUCUUCGACGAAUUCUACAAUGUCACCAGUCGGCUCGACAAGGACUCGUGGUACUAUGCCUUUGUAGCUUCACAAGAUGCCGGGUUCGGCACCGCCAAUGUCGACCUGCACAAGGCGCGGAGGAAGGCCAUGAGUCGAUUCUUUGCCUCGUCGGCUAUUUCUCAUCUCGAAUCGUCGUCGAGGGAAAAGGUGGCGAAGCUAUGUAAACGACUGAACGAGAUGCGCCAGGAAGGGAAACCCGUCAACAUGUCCAACGCAUACCGUUGUCUGGCGGCCGAUUCUGUCACUGACUACUGCCUACCCAAAGGCUUUGACUUACUCGACUCGAUCGACUUCGCCGACGACUACAACAAGCAGGCUCGCACCAUCUCGUACAUCGCCGUAUGGCAUCGUCACAUCCCGAUCAUCAUCCCGCUAUUUAUGCGAUUGCCCAAGUGGUUCUUAGAGGCGACAUCCACAGAGGGUGGUAAGAUGGCGUUUGAGUUCCAGGCGGACCUGGCUCGUCAAGCAGAGAGUGUUGUGCAUAGCGCAAAGAGAAGUGACAAGUCGGUGCUUGACGGUAUCGUGAACUCUGACGCGAUCCCGGAGAGCGACAAGACCGUUGACCGCAUCACACAAGAAGCGCGAACUCUUGUUGGCGCGGGCACCGAAACGACAGGCAUCUCACUCGAGACCAUCACCUUUCACGUUCUUUCCAAUCCUGGAGUACUUGCAAAGCUGAAGCAAGAGUUGGCCAUAGCCGCAAAGUCAUCUGCGCGAGGUUCCAAAGACCCCUUGACCACCUACAGCGUGGUUCAACGUCUACCAUACCUGACUGCUGUCAUCAACGAGGGUCUCCGUCUUGGUAAUGGUGUCUCUGGUCGACUUGCUCGAGUAAAUCCUCGCAACACCUAUAGUUAUCAGUCAUACGUCCUGCCGCCCGGGACGGUGAUCAGCAUGUCAAUCAGGGAUAACCAUAUGUCUGAAGAUAUCUUUCCAGAUGCUCUGACGUUCAACCCCGAGCGUUGGCUGGUCAAGGGAGAAGAGCAGAAAAGACUGGAGAAAUAUUUCGCGCCCUUUGGUCGAGGCGGAAGAAGCUGCAUCGGUAAAGAGCUGGCAUUGAUGAACCUUUAUUUGACUGUUGCAAGUUUCUUUCACAAUUUCGAUGCAGACCUCUUUGAGACGGGAAGGAAGGAUUUGGAGAUUGAACACGACUUCUUCUCUCCUUUUCCUACGGCGGAAUCGAAAGGGCUAAGGGUGAUGCUCAAGUGA